AAUAAAUACCUAAGUUCGCACCCAAAGACACAACCAAUGUUAAUCCAAACAAUAAUGUUAAUGAUGAUAAAUAUAAUAGUACAGUAUAUAAUACACAGUCUCCCCAUGACAGUAAACACUGCAGGCUGUAUUUGAAGUUUCCAUGUGGUGCCCUCCUCUUACUGCAUUGCCUUCCACUGCAUACAGUGUCCAUACAGUGCCGCAGAGCAGUGCCUGUGUGUGUGUGUGAGCCGGCGCUUAUCCAGCGGGCGGUAGGACCCGGGAGGACGCGGCUUGGCAGGAAGGCAGUAAGGCUACCUUAAACCCAGCCCAAUGCCUGCUGCUGCGCCACUCUGCGAGCUGGAUGGAAAAGCCAGAGCAGCCGCCGCAGCCUCCUCCUCACAGCACUUGUAUGCCCAGCACAGACACCUGUUCCCAGGCAGCAGCACUCCGUGCACACACACAGGGAUACGGGGCUGCCACCUGAAAAGUUUCCCUGCCUUCCUCCUGAUGUAUGCAGUGCAUUCUCCAGCCAAGACAGCGCAUGCCUCCCCGGAGUCAGGAUCCAUACAUUCUGACGUAGCCUGGACAUCUUAAAAGAAAAUCAGGCUGCUGGAAGUUGGCAUGAGCAGUGCUGGUCUUCUACCCAAUGGAGGAACUCCUCAUCCCCCCCCUGCCUGCCACUGCAUGGGCUGACCAAGGACAAGGAGCCCUGCUCGCCUGCUGAGAUGUGUGGACAGCACUAUGUCACUAGUGGGUGAGCUCCGAGUGCUGCUGCUUCCUUAGGUUUGACCUUGAACCUCUCAGCCCACAAUCUUGUCUUAUUGAUGGAUUGAAGAGAGACAGAGGCACCAUCCUCCCCCCUCCCUGACUGAGUCAUCCAGAGGAUACAGUCUACCUACCUACCUACCUACACACACAUACAUAUAUAUAUAUCUAUCUAUAUACACCUGACCUGAGCUGCUUCCUCUUUGCAUCUCUUCUCUCCAGCACCAACACAAGGCUGAUGGCUCCCUUGGGUGAAGUUGGCAACUAUUUCGCAGUGCAGGAUGCUGUGUCUUUUGGAAAUGUACCUGUUCUGCCAGUGGAUAACCCUGUGUUGUUGAGUGACCACCUGAGCCAGGCUGAGGCUGGGGGGCUGCCCAGAGGCUCUGCAGUCACUGACUUGGAACACUUAAAGGGGAUUCUCAGAAGGAGGCAGCUUUACUGCAGGACUGGAUUCCAUUUAGAGAUUUUUCCUAAUGGGACUAUCCAGGGGACAAGGCAGGACCACAAUAGAUUUGGAAUCCUGGAAUUUAUUAGUAUAGCUGUGGGUCUAGUCAGCAUUCGAGGUGUCGACAGUGGACUAUACCUAGGAAUGAACGAGAAAGGGGAACUGUAUGGGUCGGAGAAGUUGACCCAAGAGUGUGUAUUUCGAGAGCAAUUUGAAGAGAACUGGUACAACACGUAUUCAUCUAACCUCUAUAAACACGUGGACACUGGACGUCGAUAUUAUGUAGCAUUGAAUAAAGAUGGGACUCCUAGAGAAGGGAGUAGGACUAAACGGCAUCAGAAAUUUACGCAUUUUUUACCUAGACCUGUGGACCCAGAAAAGGUUCCUGAACUUUAUAAAGAUAUACUAAGCCAAAGUUGACAAAGACGUUUCUCUCACUCGAGCCCUUAAAAAAAGAAAAAGAAAAAAAAAAAAGUAACCACUAUAUUAAAUCAAAAAAAGGUUUCACCGAUGGGUUCUUAUUGGUUAGCUGGGUCAUCACAUCAGCUGCACUGUUGCCAAACUUUGUCGCAUGCAUAAUAUAUGAUGGAGGCUUGGAUGGAACAUGCUAAUUCUGUUCUGCACUUAAAGGAUUGUCCUCUUGGAGAAAAGGCUGAGCCCACGAGUGCUUGAUCUAUUACAAGGCAAAGAGCUAAAAAAUAUUAUAAAAGCAAAGCAAGAUGGAAUGAGGCCUGAUGCAUGCUGGGAAAAUAGACAUGCUUUUAAAAUUUUUGAUCACCCCUUUAAUUCAUCUUAUAUCAGCAUAGCCGCCAUACUUCGGUUCAUCAAGGUUUUUGGCUGAAGGCCCGCUCAAGUUGUACGCUCCUUUUACAAAGGCAUGGAUGGGUGCAGUCUUAUGUUAACAAAAAAUAAAUAUUGACCUUUCAGUUCUUUGCUCCUUGGGGUGCCACCUCAAUGAGCGUAAGUCAAAGACCUCUUUAGAAAAGAAAAAAAAAAAAAAAAGGAAGAAAAAAAAAAUAAUAAAAAAAAAACUAUACAAAAACAAACUUAAAUUUAUUUAUAGAAAUUCCAAAGGCAACAUUAUAUUUAUUUUAUAUAUUUAUUUAUUAUAUAGAGUUUAUUUUUAAUGAAAUAUGUACAGGCCAGAUAGGCAUUUUCGAAGCUUUAGGCUCUGUAAGCAUUAUCUGUUUAAGGCCAAUAUGAACCUGUGGUAAAUUCAUGCAAGUUUAUUAUUAAGGUGCAUGGAUUGAAAUGGAAAAAAAUAAAAAUUGGAAAAACUGAUAAUGACCCUCUAGGUGACAAUCUACUUUGUGCCCAUUACUUUUUUCAGUACAACCACCUUAUGCAGCAUCAUACUGACUUAUUCAGUGACUGUAAAUCAGCUGAUCCUUUAUCCUUCUGAAGAAACCUGCUUCUCUACUCCCCCGAUGAUCGGGGAGAAGUAAUGGCCAGCCAUGCAUUUCUCUUGCAGUGGCCACUGAAGGGGAAAUGUGGUAUUACAUGUUGGCCACUCCAAUUAAUGGUCUUCCGUGUCCUACAUGGACAUGCCAGGCUAGAGCGGUUUUGGCACAAAGACUCUCUCCUCUCUACAGUGUCCUAAUAGGGCAUAUGGACUGGUGUUGUAGAAUGAAGACAACCCCUCUAAAUCCAGUUUUGAGGCCAGUGAUCUUCUGCUUUACAGUCCCAAAAUAAUUCUGUAUGACUUUCUUUCUUUUUUUGUAUACAUCCUAGACCAGCUGUGAGUUGUACGAAUACUGUGCAAAUCCAAGUCUGCACUUUUUUCUUUAUUUUUCAAGACUGGAAUUUAUUUAUUUAUUUUUAUAAUUUUUUAUUUUUUUUUAUUAUAAAGGUUCCAGCAUAGAAUAGCUUGCUUUUGCAUUGCAGGCUUACCCUGUGCCUAGAGCUUUACCGGUCAACCCUUUCGUGUUCACUUUUACCACUGUCAUAUCUUCUAUCCAAAAAUCAUACCAGGCUUCCAAUUUUUAAACUGUAACCUUAAAGGAUUUUGUCCUUUCCGAUUGUUCCACCAUCUUUAAACUUCUCUGCUGCUGAAAGGCACCUAAGGUUUACUAUAUAUGCAUAUAUAGAGAUAUAUAUAUAUAAUCUACCUGUUUAUUACAUAUUAUGGAACAGACGAUAAAUUAAAGGUUUUUCUUUUUAUUUUUUCCUAAUGUCCAGGAACACGAUAUAAUCUCAUGUUUUGCCAUAAUUUAAAGGCUCUGUGCAGUACAAUAAAAUGUAGGUGCCUUUUUUUUUCACACAGCUGUGUAAUAAUGGCUACUGGGACUAAUGGAUGUAAUGCAGCAGCUGCCGAUUGUCCCAUAUGUUCGCUAAAGCUUGAAUAACAUGUGGUGGUUAUUAAAAUGCAAGACCCAGGUUAACAGGAUAACUCUUGUACGUAAACAUGUCUAUAUGUGCACACAGUAUCUUCUCCAUGAAAACGCAGCCUUCCUAGGGGUCGAUGUAACAUCUGUCUAUUGAAAUUUGCUUUCAGCGUGAACUGUCAUAAAACAUUAGCACCCUAUUUUUUUUCCAAAUAACUUGCAAAAUGUACCUAAUAAAUCUUUUCAAAUAACGACAAGGGGAAAAGUAUUAUACUUUAUUUAUUUUCUUAUUUUUAUUUUAUUUUUGUUUUUGUUUUGUGCUUCAAAAAUUUUCUGCACAUCCCAAACUCUGGAUCCUU